GCUCUCCCUCUAUUUUUCUUAUUCCAGUCGCUUUUCAGGACUCAACUUCAAAUUUUAAUUACCCUUCAUCUGCUGGUUUUGAAUGAGUCCAUGAUCCAUUUAUUCCACUGUUUAUGAUGUUGUCUCUAAAAUCUUGAGUUUAUCCCUUUGAUUUUCUCUCUCAAGUUUUAUCCUUAUCUGCUUACUUUUCUAUGGUUCGAAUGCUACGGCUACAUUCAUACUUGAAUAAGAACCCAUGACAUUGGGUUGAAUUUUGAUUUGUUUUUUUUGUUUGUUUUCAAGUCUAAAAGUGGUGGGUUCUUUCAUAUUCGGGAAAACAAGGGGAUUUGUACAUAUAUAUGUGAGAAUAUAUAAUCUUUAUUGGUUUUGUGUUCAGUUUCUGCAAAAUGGGCUGUAUAUAUUCUAAGGUUUUAGCAGAUGAGUGUAGUGAUAAUGAACAUGUUACCUCCAAAAGAGCUCAUUCCUCUAUUAAACACCUCUCUGAAUUCAAAACAUCAAGAUCCGGCUCUCCCAAAUCUGAGAUGAUUUGGGAGAAAGAUAGACUGAAUUGUAGUGAUGUUACAGUUAUGUUGUUCGAUACGACGGCGAACGGUUCACUACGUUCACAUGGCAAGCUUCCUAAUGAGAAGAAGAAGACAGAUAUUCCUGAUGUCACCAUUAUCAACCAUCAAUGUAUCGGAAAGAUUCCGAAUGCUGCCGAGGCCGAGCAAGUCGCUGCCGGGUGGCCGAGUUGGCUGGCUGUGGUGGCUGGUGAAGCUAUCAAAGGCUGGUUGCCAAAACGUGCAAAUAACUUCAUCAAGUUAGAGAAAAUUGGCCAAGGAACUUAUAGCAGUGUGUAUAAAGCUCGUGAUAUCAUUCAAGAUAAAGUUGUGGCUUUGAAAAGGAUCAGAUUUGACAAUAAAGAUGCUGAGAGUAUCAAGUUUAUGGCAAGAGAAAUCCUUGUUUUGAGAAGGCUUGAUCAUCCAAAUAUAGUUAAGUUGGAAGGUUUGAUCACAUCACAAACAUCAUGUACCAUGUACCUUGUUUUUGAAUACAUGGAACAUGAUCUUACCGGACUCGCAUCACGGCCUGGCUCGUCGUUCACCGAACCACAGAUGAAGUGUUACAUGAAGCAACUUUUGAGUGGACUUGAUCAUUGUCAUAGUAAUGGGGUUCUACAUAGAGACAUAAAGGGCUCAAAUCUUCUUAUUGACAACAAUGGAAUUUUGAAGAUAGCAGAUUUUGGGUUGGCUGUUCUCUUUGAUUCACAUUCAACGGUUCCGAUGACGAGCCGUGUAAUAACUCUCUGGUAUCGACCACCGGAACUUUUACUUGGAUCGUCUAAAUAUGGAGUUGAAAUUGAUUUAUGGAGUGCUGGUUGUAUUCUAGGAGAGUUAUAUACUGGCAAACCUAUCUUGCCAGGAAAAACAGAGGUUGAACAACUGCAUAAAAUAUUUAAGCUAUGUGGUUCCCCUUCCAAGGACUAUUGGAAAAAAUUGCAUUUGAAGCAUUCAACAAGCAUGAAACCUCCACAGUCAUACGAAAGAUGUCUUCGAGAAAGAUAUAACGAUAUUCCUCGUGCUGCUGUUGAGCUUAUGGAUACUCUGCUAUCUAUAGAUCCUACAGGGCGAGGAACUGCAGGUUCCGCACUCAAUAGUGAGUUGGAACUGGAAAGUGAAGAUAUUCAUAUUCUUACAAGGGGUUUCUUUAAGCAGUUCUUUACCACAAGGCCCUUGCCAAGUGAUCCUUCAAGUUUGCCAAAAUACCCUCCUAGCAAAGAGAUUGAUUCAAAGCCGAGGGAAGAGGAAGCAAGAAGGCAACAAGGAAUAGGUGGUGGGAGAAGCCAAAUAGUCUACCAAGAAGCAAAAGGACUAAAGCAAUCUAGAGUAGUUCCUGCUGCAAAGCCUAAUGCUGAGUUAGUUAUUUCAUUAUUGAGAAAACAAAGCCGUUCGAGUGCGAAGUACCGGAAUGAAACGUGUUCUUACGGUUUGGUGUCCAAAAGAAACUCAAAUUCAGAACCUGUAACUCAGGGAUCAAGAUAUACAAACUCGAAAAAGGAACCGAAACAUGUUUCUAUGAUUUCGAGUGAGUGUUUAACAUCAUCUGGUCCUAUUGAAUUUGUUUCUUAUAAAUAUGUCAGAGAAAGAAAUGGAGUUUCAAAGCCAGAAUCAAUGAGCCAAAACAAAAGUUUUCCUCUUCUAUCCAGUUCUGCUGAACAGUCUUCCAUAAAAAAGAUGAACAAAGACCAAGUUGAUAUGAAGAAAGUCACAAAUUCUUGUCAGUUGGGAGAUUCAAAGGGCUCAGCUCUAAUAGUUGGAUAAUUUUUUGGUUUUUCAUACUGAUGACCCAUUUUGGAAGGCCAAAAUAAUAUCUGAUCCAGUUUUAAAAAGUUAUAUUUUUUGACCUUCUGUUUGCAUCAUAUCAAUAUGGAAUUACCAAAACGGGUUAUCGUGCAUGCGAGUUAGGAUCUCAUUAGUCUUGCUUUUCAUUUCUUGCUUCGUUCUUUUUUUUUCUUCGAUUUCCUCUUUGUGAUGAUUAAAUGUCAGUGCUUAUUCCUCUUGCUCUUCAUUCUUUACUCUCAUUCUUCGCUCUUUGUCGUUGCUCCUUGAGAAUAGCAAGAGCAAAGAAUGAACAAGAAGAUAAAAAAGCACUGACAUUAAAUGAGGAAACACGAAAAAAAAAACAAGAAUAGAGAAUGAAAUCCUAACCCUGCAUACAUAAUAGUCCGUUUUAUUAAAUUUAUGUUUGGAAGCAAAAGGUCAAAAAAAUUCAAAAUUUUAAAAGUGGGAUAGAUUCUAUUUUGGUCCAAAUUUUGAGUCAUCCCAUACCAAUUAUCUCUAAAUUCCUCCGGUCACACUCAAAGGCUCUCGAAUUAAUUAGAUAAGAACCAAUGAAAAACAUUUAAUGUUCGACGUCUUGUAGAAUCGAAAAGCAAAUUAAAAUUAUGUCGGAUGGUCAUUCAUUGAUCCAUCAAACAAUGUAGAUAGGAAUAGGAUGCUCAAAGAACACAAUUUGUAGGCGUUGGCUUCCUACAAAAAAAAAGGAAAGAAGAAACAUGAAACAAGAGGCCACAGCCAUUUUUUUUUUUUUGGUUCAUUGAGCUAUGUAUAUAAGAUGUUAAUCUCGGCUUUGUAUGUAAUUAAGAAAGAAAAAGAGCCUUGAUGUAUCACUGUAUUUUACACAUUUAUACAAUCAUACAUACAUGGGCUGAAA